UCAGAGUGUGUCCUGCUGGCCGUGUCCCUCCAGUCCGUCCCUCAGAAGAGACGCUGUGUCUUCCGGGUGACUCCCCGGAACCGGGUCCGGUUCUCUGCAGCAGGAACCGUCAGCAGCUCGGAGCAGCGCUGCGAGAACACCCGGUGCUGCGUGGGCAACUUCUGGGUGGAGGCGGGCCGCGCGGAACCCCAGGUCCUGGCCUGUGACCUGGUGGAGAAGUCGUGUCCUGGUCCCAGCUGCACAGCACAACCUCGCUUCAGCGGGAUCGUCAAGUGUGUUUGUAACACCGACUUCUGCAACGGAAACCUGAGCUGGAGCCCCGAGGAAGAGGAGGCUCCCUCCUCUGUCGCAGCCCCAGACCUCAGGAGGAAGAGUCACUUCCUGUUUCCUCUCCUUUCAGACGAGCUCCUGAGGACGGCCGUCAAGCUGUCGGUGGUUCUCCUGGUUCUGGUUCUGGUUCUGGUCCUGUCCUCCGGUGCCAGUCUCCUGCCGCCCAGCGGCGUCCCCGGCUUCGUCCCCAGCGGCGUCCUCAGCGGCGUCCUCAGCGGCGUCCUCAGCGGCGUCCUCAGCAGCGUCCUCAGCGGCGUCCUCAGCGGCGUCCUCAGCGGCGUCCCCGGUCUGCGGCGUCCCUCCGUGGUGCGCCGCGGCCGCUUCACCACGGUGUUCAAGGGGAGGCUCGGGGGACGCGCGGUGGCCGUCAAGGUGUUCAGCGCCAGCCAGAGGCGGCGCUUCGAGGCGGAGCGGCGGGUGUACCGGCUCCCCCUCAUGAGCCACGCCGGCAUCCUGCGCUUCCUGGGCGCCGGCCGCUGCGCCCGCGGCGACGGCCGCUUCCUGCUGCUGCAGUUCGCCCAGCAGGGAUCCCUCCACUCCUUCCUCAGCAGCCACAGCAGCAGCUGGACGUCGUCCCUGAAGCUGUGCUGGUCUCUGUCCCGCGGUCUGAGCUUCCUGCACAGCGAGCUGCUCCUCCACGACCAGCACAAGCCGGCGGUGAGCCACGGGGACCUGAGCAGCUCCAGCGUCCUGGUCCUGGCGGAUGGGACCUGCGUGCUGUGCGACUUCGGUUCGGCUGCCGUGCUGCGGCCCGGGCCGGGCGGCGCCGCCGAGGCCCAGGUGAGUCCGGGCGGGGCCACCGAAACCCAGGUGAGACCGGGCGGGGCCGCCAAGGCCCAGGUGAGUCCGGGCAGGGCCGCCAAGGGCCAGGGCGGCGCCUGGCCGGCCGCACUGCGCUACGCAGCCCCGGAGAUCCUGGAGGGUUCGGUCAACCUGAGUGGCGGCCCCGGGUCCUUCCGGCUGCAGGGGGAUGUCUACGCCCUGGCCCUGCUGCUCUGGGAGAUCUGCAUGCGCUGCCAAGACCUGUUCCUCGACGGCGUUGCUCCAGGGCACCUGUUGCCCUAUGAGCUGGAGCUGGGAGCCACUGUGUCCCUGGAGACUCUGGUCCAGCACGUGUCCUACAUGGACAGGAGGCCGUCGGUCCCGGAGCACUGGGCUCUGCUGCCACAGGGUCCGGCGCUGGCGGAGCUGCUGACGGACUGCUGGGACGCCGAGCCAGACGCCCGGCUGUCCGCUCAGUGCGUAGUGGACCGGCUGAUGUCCCUCCAGUCCCGGAGCUCCGCAUGA